AUGCAGACAUUUCUGACUCUCUUUCGGCCCACAACACUCGAUUGGACCCCUGUAGAGCCCAUUUGUCCAGCUCUCUUUGCCUUCGGGCCAAUUGUAAACACGAAGCUGGACGACGUCUGGCAUCGUGCACCAACAGCCCUAAGUCCCUUGUAUAGACGAACUGGUGAACAUGUCCUCUUUUGGUGUAGCCUGGUCGCCUGUAUCCCCGGCUCGUCAGGCCUAAGUGUCCAUCAGCCGGUACCACUCCGACCAAGAGGCCCCGUCACCGGACAAGGGUUGGAGGGUCAACCAAUCGGCCGGCCCGUGUCACACACCCCCCCGCCAGGUGGAGUACAACACCGUCAGGCUUCAAAGGCUACCUCCCACACUCCGAUGGCUGCACCCGACAACUCCGUACGGACACACACACACAACUCUAGUAACUGUGCUACAAUCAGUCAGCUGAGGCGAGAGUGUGCAUGA